CUCAUUUUCUCCAGUCAGUUAACGGUACUUGUUUUUGACGUCGAGCAAGACUUCGACGACGGAGCGAUAUAAACAUUAGUAAAGUCACACAGUCUGAAGGCUCAUGGACGCAGUUCUGUUCGGAGUGUUUCUUCAUGUUGGGACUCUGCUGUCGGUUCAAGCGGAGACACAUUCCCUGUACUACAUGUACACAGUUUUGUCCAAACCUGUGAAUCUGCCGGGCAUCUAUGAAUUCACUGCUAUGGGUUUACUGGAUGACAGACAGAUUGAUUACUACAAUAACAAGGAACAGAAAAAGAUUCCUAAACAGCAGUGGAUGAGAGAGAAAAUGCCACCGGAUUACUGGGAAAAAGGCACCCAAUCCAGAAAGAGCAAAGAGCAGUGGUUUAAUGUGAAUGUCAACAUUCUGAUGGAGCGAAUGAAACACAAUAAUUCCAAUGUUCAUGUUCUUCAGUGGAGACAUGGUUGUGAAAUUAAAGAUGAUGGAACUGUAGUGACAUUUUCCAGAGGCAUCGAUCAGUACAGCUAUGAUGGCGACGACUUUCUUUCUUUUGACGAUAAGGUUUCACAGUGGGUUGCUCCAGUUGAUGCCGCUGUCGCCACCAAAGUGAAAUGGGAUAAUGUGGCCAUCCUAAACCAGUACACCAAGGGCUACCUGGAGAAAGAGUGUGUGGACUGGCUCAAUAAAUUCAGAGAAUAUGGACAAGAGCAACUUAAAAAAGUUUCUCCACCAGAGGUUCAUGUGUUUGCAAGAAAAUCUCCCAGUGACAAAAACAAGCUGAAGCUCACCUGUCUGGCCACUGGCUUCUACCCUAAAGAUGUGGAAGUGUUUAUUAGGAAGUAUCGCAUGCGUGAAAAAGAGACGGAAUCCUCAGGAGUCAGACCAAACCAUGAUGGAACAUACCAGCUGCGAGAGAGUGUUGAGAUCAUGGAGAAUGAAAAAGCAGAUUAUGAUUGUUGUGUUUCCCACAGCACUCUAAAAGAAGUAAUAGUCAAAGAAUGGGAUGGAAAAUGUCAAGACUGCAAUGAAGGUGCUGCUCUGGCUAUUGGUGUUGUGAUCGGUAUUGUGCUGACAGGAGCUGUUUGUGCGGCAGUAGGCAUUGUUCUUUAUAAGAAAAGAAAGUCAGGUUCACAGGGAAAGGAGAACAAUGGAGUACAAGUACCACUCCAGAACACAGUAUGUGCCUAGUGCCGCUUGUGAAUGGAAGGAAGGAAAAAAGGCACGUUGUGCUCUCUCCUGCUGUUUUGCCAUUUCAGAAGACUCACAAAAACAUCCUUUGUUGGAUCUGUUGCACUUUUUGUUUGAGCUUUUUUUCCCUGAAUUAACCCUACAGGCCUGAAUGUAAUGUCAGUGUUUAAAGCCGUUAAGAGCAUUUACCAUAGAAGAGCUUCAGCUGGCUAUCUUUAACUGUAAAGUAAAAAUGAAGUGUUGGAAUUACUGAGUGAAUUGAAAAACAAUCUUACUACAUGAGUUGUAAAUUAGUGCAUCGGAAUAUACAACCCAGUCUCAAGGCAGUUCGUGGCUUAGGCAGGAAAUUUGGAAUCUAUUGAUUGUGUUCAUGGACAUGAAUUCUAAUUCACAAACCGUGUGUGUAUGUACAUUUAUAUAUUUAUAACCUGAUAUCAAAAGAAGUCGUAAAUAUUUUAGGAGGUUGCUAACCAACAUCUUACCUCACCCCAAACCCUAAAAUCACAUCCGCAAAGGCUAAUUUGUUUAAAAACGCAAGUUUCACGAGGUGGCAAAUCAAUGAUAAAUGGCUACUCUAAACCCGCCCCUAAAUCUAACGUCACAGUGGCAAAGUCAAAUCAUUACAAAACAUCCAAAUGAAAUCGUAGGAAACAGGAAUUCACACGAAUGAGCCACCUUGUAAAAUAGAUAUGAAUUCCCAUCAGAUUGCAUUGAUAUAUAUUUAUACAUAUGAAAGAUAUGGCGUAUUAAAAUAUGUUAGGCUGAAAGUCGUGCUGACUGACAUGAAAAAAGGGGGAAAUUCGUGUCACGAACACAAAUGAAUAUAUUACAGUUUGUGACACUGUCACGAAUUCCCUUGAGACUGUGUUGAAAUAUAAAUUAAACAACUUAAUGUAUCAUUUCAAAAUCUGAAGCCCUUUUAUCUAUCUAUACCUCAUUCUGAUAAGUCUACAUCGUUGCAGGACCUGCUAAACCUGCUUGUUAAAUUCUUUUAAUUUCGCCUGUCAAGAGAUCUUGGAUAAAGUUGUGCCUGUUAAAGAGUACAUAUUAUGAGAUCAUGUAAAUUACAUUUCAUGUAGUGUGUAAUGUUGCCGUGUGUGAAUGUAAGCAGUCUGGCAAGUUGUAAAGCCGAAGGUGAAUGAAUAACAAAGUUAUUGGCUUGUAAAAAAUGGAGUCGACUCUGAAUCACGCAAACGAGUCGUCCCUAGUCCGAUUCGCGAUCCGCCGCGGAUUUACGUCCCUACAUAUAGUCCCCGCCUACAUUUUGCUAGGACUGCCCGCGAAAACUUCACUCUUCUCAAUCGCGGUAGACCAAUCAUAGCAGACUAGACCAAACUCACCAAUCAGAUCAGAGUAGGCUAGCGGAAAGGAGGGGAUUAGAUGGAUAAUUCGCUGAACGAAUCAUUUGAGAGUCAGUCAAGAAGUAAGGUAAGAAAAACGGCCUAUUAUAACAAAAUAAUAGUGUUUUGCCAUAUCUGUAAAAUCCUCAUCAAGCAUGGACAUUUUUAAAAAGGACUUAGAAAUGUACUUGUUUUAUCAGGCUUUCGGCAUUUGAUUGGUCAGGACACAUGGCUUUUAUUUUAUGUUUUGUUCCUAUGUUUUAUGUUUCUUUUAUCUUUAUUAUACAGUAUACUGCUUGUGUACAGCACUUUUUAUGGUUUUGAAAGUGCUUUAUAAAUAAAGGUUGAGUAAUGCUCUACAACAGGCAAAAUACAAAACUACACUGACACAGAAAAAUAGCUUUUCUAUGAAUUAGAGCACAGUUGAGUCAACUCGGUGUAGUUACUGAAUUUUGGGCCAUACAAAAUGUAUUCAGUCAAACCACUAUAUACAGUAAGAGUGUUUAUUUAAUUUAGGUCACAGCAUUUCAUUUGUUAUCAAGCAAGUUGUGUUACAGCGUGUUAUACUUUUUACCUUUGUGGAUGCUUUUAAGCUUUGAAAUUAUAUUUGAAAAUGGUUAUUUAUAUAUCACCAUUAGUGCAUAGUUUGUUCUUAAUUUGACUUUGAAAUAACAAAAUACAGUCUCAUCGCAAUGUAUAAUGAAACUCUUGUGUGGACAGCAAAUUUAACCACAACAUUGGACAGUGUUUGACAGUGUCCUAUACACAAAAAAAAGGAUUUUUGCUACUUGCUAAGAAAUUUAAAUAAUGUGAAAUCGCAAAAAUGUUCAUGUUCAGUCAUGUAACUUAAUCCAUUCAUGUUAAAAGUACAUGAAUGAUUUGUGUUGUGUUAAAAUAUAAUUGUUUAAACUGGGCAGAGGAUAAAUAUUUCCAAUCAUGCUUUGCAUAAGGCCGCAUUUGGAGAGUAUGUUUUGUGUUUUUCAGUAAAGAGAAAGCGUUGAGAUUUAGAAGAGUUUAUUAUAUUUUAAAAAUUUGUGGUUACCAUUGUUUAUAAGAGUGUAGGGCCUUUGGUAAGGUAGUGGGCGGAUACAUUUUCAAUUAGAAUUUCAAUUAAGCUCUGUUAAAAAUAUUCCAGUUUAGAACUUUAAAUCAAAAUUUGAAACUUGAAUGUAAAAAUCAUGUUUGUUUAACAAACAUAAAUUGGGCGACUUGAACAUAAAUUAUGCUAAGCAAUCAUUAUGUGCAAACGAUGUGCAUAUUUUUUUUUGUUAAUCCAACAGAUUUUGUUUCCGUCUGCCCUGCUCAAAUAAAUUUCAAGCUGUCAUGCUUA